AUGGGUCUCUCACCAUACUCAACUCCAUCUGAUGGGGGAGUGCUCUGCGUAAUCUUGGUUAAUACCGCUAUAUCAAUCUCAAUCUUCAAGGAAAUAUUUCGUUCGAUUCUUCAUGUGGUUGGCAUCAAUGUUGCAUCCUGGGAAGAUUACUCCCUUGACGAUACCUUGGACUCAUUAGAAUGCCGGGGAACCCCCUCAGAGUCAUAUAUGGAAGAAUUCCGGAGUAGAACUCCAGCAGUUCGUUAUGAUUCAAUCCUUAGAUGCAGUAGCUUCUGUCACGAAUGCCCUGUUUGCCUUACAGAAUUCGUGGCAGACUCCGAGAUAAACCACCUCUCUUGUGGUCACAUGUUUCACAGGAUGUGCCUGGAGAAGUGGUUGAAGUAUUGGCAUGUUACUUGCCCCCUUUGCCGUAAUUACAUCAUACCUCAAGAAGAGGAAGAAAACAGUUGCCCCAUGUGA